AUCUUUAUUUAUCUUUGUUUUUUUUUUCCCAAUCCAUUUCUAGUUGUUUGGAAUCCGGCGAUGCGGAACGGAACGAGCGGGGAGAGCGAGCCCUCUGUGAGGGAGCUGUUCGACCAUCCCACGACCGUGUUUCUCGCGUUUGUCGGGGUUGACUGCGCGGCGUGGCUGCUGCUGCUGUGCGUGUUUGGCUGGAGCAUUCUUCGUCACUGCCGGGCAGUCGCCCCCGCCAACGCCGCGUACAAGACAGCCAUCUACUUUGUCAUCUGCACACCCAUGAUCAUGGCAACGCUUUCGCUCGCUUGCUUGUUCUUCCCAGAGGCAAUGGUCGUCUCAUCCAUGGUCCAGUCAACAUACGAAGCGGUCGCGUUGUGGAAGUUCUAUGUGGCAUUACGAUGCUUGCUUGGAGACGUGCCACACAUGCACAAGGUGCUCGGGGCGCUUCCACCAAAGAAUUACUACUCGGUGCUCAUUUUCAAGUUGUGUUGCUGGCAUCACGGCAAAUUUGUGAUGGACGAAUCCCACUUCCGAACCUUGCGCUUGUGCGUCCUCCAAAUUUGCAUUGUGCGACCCGUUGUCUUGCUUGGGUCGGUCAUUCUGUGGUCGUUUGGCUUGUACACGUACGGGAACUACUCCAUGUCGAACGGAUACCUCUACAUCACAAUCAUCAACGCCACGUCCUUGCUUGUGACAAUGUGGGCGCUGCUGGUCAUCUUUUUCGCGACGCGUACCAUCCUCGCCGACUUUAGGAUUGGCCUCAAGUUUACGGCCAUCAAGCUCGUCUUCUUGCUCGCCAUCGUGCAAAGCUUUGUCCUGUCCCUCUACAACAACGUGUUUGGGUUGAAGGGCAACAUUUUCACGACGCACGACCAGGUCGAAUCGUGGCUCAAUUGGCUACUGGUCAUUGAAAUGUUCCUGCUGUCGCUCUUGUUUGCCAAGGCCUUCCCGGCCAGUGAAUACGAGCAUGUGCCAGAGCCAGGCUCGCUCUCAUUAUCCGCUCAAGACAGUGUGAACGGCUUCACCCGAGGUUCAGAACGGACACCUCUCAUUGUUCGCGCACCUAAAGGCUUUGUCUAAGCCAGGACUGUGCUUGUGUUCGCAUUCUUGCUCGAAUGAUCAAGAGUGUCCACGACAAACAGAAAGUGUGCAGCAAGCGUUUUUAUCCCCCCCCCUUCAUUGUGAGAUGCAGUUUUUUUUCGUUUUUUCAUUUGCUAGUUGUUGUUGUUAAUACAGAA